UGACACUUCCUCGUUAUGAUAUUAACACAUGGAACUGUCGUGGGAUGAACGAGUGCUAAACAUGGUGACCAGUGCCAGCUAUGCCACAAGAAUUCCAGGUGCUGCGAUGUUACCAGUGCUCUACAUUCCAAGUACAUCAGGUCAAGAAGGCGAAGAAGUGGAGCUGUAAAAUGUGUGGGGAAAAACAGUCUGUGAUCAAGGUGUUCGGGAGGGGAGCAGCAGCAGCAGACUGUCGGCACCAUGUCCAGAAACUAAACAAUCUGAGAGGAGAAAUAGAACAGGUCACCCUAGAAACGCCUACUGAAUCAAGUAUCUGUGGGGAACAAUCAGAGAUACCAGAGACAUCACAGACACAGAUUGGCGGGGACAGCAUUCCAUCUAUUGACCGCUGGUCACAGUUUGUGACCUCUGAACAGGAGGAAGAAGAUGUUGCAGAGGAUGGACAAUAUGAUGAUCGUUUCACCACAGAUAUGGCAGAGUUCAGGCAGAAACAGAUGACAAGAAAAAGAAAAAGGAAUCAGAAGCAUGAUGAUUAUGAAGAGGAAUCCUCUGAGCAGUCACAAUUUGAUAACCGUAGACAUCAAAGUCAUGCUAGAAGGAGACUAUCAAGGAUGGAUAGUGGUCCUGGAGGGUCAUACAUCAUGGAUAGUGGUCCUGGAGGGUCAUACAUAAUGGAUAGUGGUCCUGGAGGGUCAUACAUCAAUGUUAGACAAGAAGAUGCUGGUCAGUCCCUGAUCAAUCCUAUUAUCCAACUUCAGGAAAACAAGUCUCAUCUCCAGGGAGGAUUCCAGUCCACAAACUCUAUAAACUCAGCUAGAAAUUACAACAAAGGUCAAGGACAUAGGUCAAGUUUGGAUGGAUACGAAAAUGAUGCGGAUCAAUAUUUAUGUUACAAUGAAGAUCAAAAAGAUGAAUUGUUUGAAUGUCAGUCAGGUCUGUCAGCUGGCACAGGGCAUGGUAAUUAUCAGGAUAUAAAGAAAGUUCAGACUUUUAACAGAGGUCAAGGUCAUUAUCAGGUUAUGACUGAAGGUCAAAGUUUAAAUAGAGAUGGAGGUCAUCAUCAGGUUCCUACCAAAAGUCAAAGUGUAAAUAGAGGUCAAGGUCAUCAUGAUGGUAUGAAAAAUAAUCAGAUUGUAUCUAAAUGGAGUAAGUAUGAAGAUGAGUCUGAUUCAGGUGAAGAGACCUGCACGUUAACAGAACAAUAUGAAAAGACUAACUUGUCAAAAAAAAAUCAAAAUGAUUGGAAUAAGGAAAUGAAAAAAUCUGCAAGUGAUGUUAUGUGUGUCCAAAGUAGAGAGGAGAGAAACAGGGAGGACACCGGGACUGUUCUAGACUCCUCUGUCAAGGUAGGAAAACUGAAAGAUUUACUAAAUAAUACAGGUUCAUUAACAGAAAAGUUGACUAACCCUGAUAGGAUGUGGAGACAGAGCCAGCAUAAGAUGUGGACAGGAGGGGAAUUUAGUGAGGGAAGAAAACGUUUAGGUAUUGAAGGUAAUGACAGGAGAUUAAAGGGAGAUAACUACAACAGUCUUAUUGGCCUAGAGGAGAAACAGGGCAACACUGACUGUCAAGGUAAGGAUGGUAUAAUAAAUGGUGGAUAUUCAAAAUGUGUGAGAGACCGACAGCCAGAAGCAGGUUUUAGUGAGGGCACUCACAAUUCGUAUGUCACAGAACACACAUCCAGUGAAGAACUACCUACUGUAUCGCCAGUAACUAGGUGUAACCAGGAGAGGUCCAAUGUUUCCAAAUCUGAACAAAGGAUUGGCUUUUCUGGUCAUAUUUCAAGACCACUGACACAAAAGUCCAUUCCUUUGCAGCCUAUGUUUGUAACAGAAGAUAUCACUGAUGAGGAUUUGGCACUGUAGGAAGUCUCUUUGGUUCUGUUAAGAAUCAUAGGUCCGUAUUCAAACAAACUCUUUUCUAACUCAAAUCAUGCAAAACAAGUCGAAAAAGUAACAUUUAGAUAUUUAAAACAUUAGUUUGCUUCAAGCCUCACCAAAAUUUAAUCAAUAGUUGAAAAAUGUGAAAUUUGAAAAUGAAUCACUGAAACAAGGAAUUGGGAGUUAGCACAGAAUCUGAGUUUGAGCAUGAAAACACUUAAAUGAUGACGGUUCCUGUUCUCAUCCUCCAGUCAUGUGCCCUUCAGUUUACAUUCUGGAGCCCUCUACAGUAAUGAUCCCCUCUUUCUCUUAUUGUUAUCCCUUCUCGAUUUAUGAACUUAUCAUUAUGUCCUAUUCUUCUUCUUCUUCUUCUUCUUCUUCUUCUUCUUCUUCUUUUUUUUCCUCUUCUUCUUCUUCCUCUUCAGCCCGAAGCUCAACCCUUCUAUUUGCAGUCUUCAGCCCCCUCUUUGGCCCCCUCCUUAAAUCCAGACUACUUUUAGUUAAAAGUACUUUUUCUUUUAGUCAUCAUAUCAAUUGAUUCAGUUAAAAAUGUGCAUGCUUACAUGAAAGUCUGUGUCAUUGGCUCUAAGGUCAGAUGUGUCGUUGGCUCUAAGGUCAGGUGAUCAGUGAUAUGUCAUGUUUUGAGUCCUAUUUAGUUUUAUUAGCUCACCUGCCCAAGUGAGCUUAUGUCAUGGUGCGGCGUCUGUCGUCCAUCCGUCCGU